AGUCCACUAGGUACCCAAUAUUAUAUAAAAACUGGAAACUUUUAAUCAAAGAUUGCUGGGUCGUAUGAAGAGUUCUCCCUAAUUAAAAGGUCAGAUGUCUAUCAUCUCUUUCCUAUGCAGAACCAUCAAAACUAAUCGUGUUCUUUCCCUUUUCCUCUUCUUUCUUGAUGCCAAUGGUUUAGAUAAUUACUUUCUCAAUUGACUUUUCUACACUGUAGAAUCUUUGAACUUUAAUUCCCUUCAUCAAAGAGUCUAUAUAUAUAGAAGAAAAUAUCAUCAUUUGUCAGUACAGAGAGAGAAGAGUUCAAUCUUGCUAACCUACUGCAUGCUAACAUGGCUCCUAGUAGCUUUCCUGAUGUUUAUUCUUGGAUACAGAACCUGCCACCACUUUCUCAGUGGAAAACAACUUCCAUCUCAACGCCCAUAUGCUCUUCAAGCUCGACAAACUCCUCUCUCAAUGUUGUAGCAGCCAAGAGCCUUCAUUCCCCAACCAUCACUUUAUCAGUUAUUGCAGAUUUCAGCCUUCCUAUCUCUCUCUGGACUUCAGAACCUUUGAAGACCAACACCAAAUCCUCAAAUUUGUUAGAUGACCAAGAAAGCAUAUCCAGUCUCUUACUUAAUUGCGUUCGUGAUGUUCUUCAUUAUGGCUCAAACCAACAAAAUUAUUUUAACUUGAGUUUCCCCAAACUCAACAUUACUUUCACCUCAAAAGAAAUUUUCAAUCUCAUAUUUCUUACCCUCAUAUUCCUCAUCUGCAUUUAUGAAGCUCCAACCAGUCUACGUUUGGAUGGUCUUACAACUGUCAAAUACCAUUUAGCAAAUUGCUGGUCAAGACAGACAUCAAAGGUGUUUAUGAAACUGUUGGGGUCUAACCUUGAAGAGCAAUGGAUGAGAUCCAUAAAUCUUGCAAUCACCAACUGGAUAUUGGAGCUCAAGGCCAACUGCUGCACCCUCAAAACACCCUCACCUUUGUUCUCUUAUUCAUAUUCAACACAUGGGUUAUGGAAAGUUCAACUCUAUUGCCCUGUCAUUGCAAUGGAUCAUAUCGAGAACUCAAGCAGUCCUUCAACUGAUGAAAGAUUGCAAUUUUCUCUAAAUUAUCACCAGCUAGAAGGGGUUCUGCAGUUCAAUUACAAGGCUGAGGUUCAUGAGAAGUGGAUAAAUCUGAGGGUUCACGUCGACAACAUAAGGUGCAGUAUCAUCCAACUCGUGAACGACACACUCAUGUCAAAACGAGGAGUCGGAAGAUCCGAAAAGCAUUUCCCAUCGAGAAUCUCACUACAAAUAACUCCAAAUAUACAAACAAACAUAAUAAGUGUCUCAGUAAGUAAAUCAUCAGACAACCCAAGAAUCGAAGUCGGAACUGAAAAAUCCCUAGAAGCCGGAUUCGAAGGCCAAAACCCUUACCCAGGCAUAAAAUUAGCAGUCGGAGAAACCGCAACAGCGAGCUUGAAGCCAUGGAAGUUCGAGCAAAUGGUGUACGGAAACACUGGAAUCCUGAACUGGUACCUUCACGACAGUUCGGACGGGAAAGAGGUGGCGUUGAGGAAACCGUCAAGAUUUGCACUGAUAAACCCUAGAGCUUGGUUCCGAGACCGAUACACGAGCGCUUUCCGGCCAUUCAACAAACAGGGAGGAGUGAUAUUCGCCGGAGAUGAGUAUGGAGAUGGGAUUUGUUGGAAGAUUGAGAGAGAAGCGAGAGAGAAAACCAUGGAAUGGGAGAUUAGAGGUUGGAUUUGGUUAACGUAUUGGCCAAACAAACACAAGACGUUUUACACUGAAACAAGGAGGUUGGAGUUAAAGGAGGUUCUCCAUUUUUCAAUUCCGUGAGUUUUGAAAAAUAUUAAUGGAAAUGGAGGGAGAAUUGGCAAAACCCUUCGCUGUUCAAAAAUGAAAUAAAAUCUUAUUUGUAUUUUAUUCCAGUUAGAAUUAGUUAGCUCCCCCAGAAGGUGUUUACGGAAAGAUUAUAACGGGGAGGGUCGGGUAUGUUUAGGAAAAAGGGUUGGAUUAUUUUUUCUUAAUUUAUAAUUUCUGUACUUACGAGUUUUAUUAAUUUUAAUUUUUUUUAUUUAAAAAAUAUAAGUUGUUAAUUUAGUACAAUU